AUGGCGACGGACUCGCAAGCAGGGAGCUCCGGGGGAUUCCUGGGCCGGUCGCUCCUCCUCCUCAGCUUCCGCCGCAACCAGGUGGCGUCCAUGGACACGAUCGACCCACCUCCCAAUAAUAUUUCUAAUUCCCACCACGAGCACCACUCUCUCCGCUUCCUCUCGAAGCUUCUGGACGUCCUCGUCUCCUGCGACCGCGAAUUCUGCCACCUCCUGCUGCUGCUGCUGAACCCUUCUUCUGCUUCGUCGCUUUCUUCGAAGCCCGCCGCCGAAUUCCUCGACCGCAGCGUCAGAGCGCUCGACCUCUGCAACGCCGCCUCCGCCGCCCUCCUCUCCCUCCGCCACUGGCGCCGCCAGGCCGACGUCGCCGCCUCCGCCGCCGCCCUCCGCCGCCGCCGCGCCCUUCGCCGCGCCCUCGGCAAGCUCUUCGCCACUGCCGCCGCGGCAGACGCAGUGGGCGGCGGCGAUGGCGGCGCUGCAGGAGCGGAUCGCGGAGGAGUCCUCGCAGCGCAGGAGAGCAGGGUUCGGAGUGCUGGCCGAGGUGCGGGCGGUGGAGACGCGCGCAAGGUGUUUGACAGAAUUACUGGAUAA